GAGGAGUUGCUCUUUUCACAGCAUUGAACCAAUUUGUCAAUGGUUUCUUAGAUAUAUUAUUGAAUUAGGGAUUUGGCUGCCGUCAAAUGCUACGCUGCCCCGCAAAUACAUGCCUUUGGGCAUGUCUGAAUUAGACAUUUUACGUACUGAGCGAAAAGCUAUUGCCGAGAAAUUCAACAUGUAUAAGUAAAAUUCCAAAUUCCCUUACAAUAAACUUUCGGGUUCGCUACGUAGCCCUCAAAUCAACGGCCAAGGGGAUGAUGGAAUGGAUUCCCUAGACCUUGGUGUCCCACAUAUCCCGGUUUUGUCUGUAUUAGUCACAAAGGAAUCGCCCAUCAGUAACUAUAAGAAAGUACCGACACAUUAUAAAGAACUCUACCCUAAUUGCGUGGAUUAGUUCAAGUAAAUCUCUCUUAUACAUAUAGACUCACCUGUGAACCUAGAUGAAUAUAGUCCGCCGUACAUUAACGACUAUGGCUAGCUCACGGAUGAAGUCGUGGUUCCCAACCACAUCCUACCCACCUAUUAUCCUUGCGCCAAUGGCCGGCGUGACGAACCCGAAGCUCGCUUCUGAGGUUACUAAGGCCGGAGGUUUAGGAUUCAUACAGGGUGGUAAAGAUUUCGAACCGGAGUCUAAAGGCGUCGAAGACCUAGAGAACCAGCUCGCACAAGCGCGCAAAUAUCUCGGCCUGGGCGCUCCCGCCAACGAUGACGCUAGCACCCUACCUAUCGGCGUAGGUGCCCUAACACUUGCGCCGUCGACGAAGCAUUUUGGCGAGACGGCUGUGCCUAUCCUGAGGCGUCAUAGACCUGCUGCUGUAUGGCUCUUCGCUCCACCACCCGAAGUCCCGGAUACUAUCCCGUCUGUCGUCAAGGCUCUAAAAUCGGGAUCUGGUUCCGGAGCUUGGGUGCCGAAGGUCGUGGUCCAAGUCGGGACGGUUGAUGCCGCAAGGGAAGCAGCUAAAGGCGGUGCUGAUAUCAUCGUCGCUCAGGGCGUUGAUGCUGGUGGUCACCAAUGGAAGCAAGGUUCUGGUGUUAUCAGCUUGGUGCCUGAGAUCUCAGAUCUAGUGCACAAUGAAUUCCCCGAUAGGGAUAUCGCGGUAUGGGCCGCCGGUGGCAUUGCAGAUGGGAGAGGUGUGGCUGCGGCGUUAGCUUUGGGGGCUGAGGGAGUUGUUCUUGGUACGAGGUACAUCGUGGCUUCUGAGUCGGACGCAGAUGCGCUCAAGAAAAAGGCGAUUAUCAGCACAUCAGAUGGGGGAAAGACUACAAUAAAGUCGCAAUUCCAUGAUAGCAUCCAGGGUACUACGUUCUGGCCCGGGAUCUAUGACGGUCGCGCCAUUAUCACUGAGUCUUAUCAGGACCACGAGAAUGGCGUACCGUUAGAUGAGAACGUGAAGAAGUUCAAAGCCGCUAAGGAGAGCGGGGAUGCUUCUAGGAUAGUAACUUGGUCCGGGACGGGCGUCGGUCUGAUUAAGGAAGAGCUCCCGGCUGCGGAGAUCACGAAGAAGGUGAGGGAAGACGCGCUAAAGGUCAUCACGGGCUUUAAGUCUUUAAUUUAGAUAGCUCAAGAUUCGAAGAGGAGCGAGGUAAGUGUUCAUACCUGCCUGGACAGUGUUUGGAUUUGGAUUACGCGUCGGCUUUCGACAUUAAACCGAGACCUCAUAUCCGCUGGUGUAACACAAACUGGAAAUAUAUGCGGGAUGUGCGCCACUCGUCUUGAGGGAAAGACGAGUUUGGAAUUUAUAUAGGCAAAUGCUGCGAGAUAAACUCGACAAAAUGUAAGAGGGUCUAUUCUGUGAAUCAGUGCUAUCGUACCGUGAGUUGCAAAUUUACAUAGUAAGCUUCAAAUCAAAAUAUAAACCAAACACAUUUAAAAAUACCGUCAAGGAGAGUAUGAUAUCCCCU